AUGGCACUCAGUGGCCGCGAUGAGCCCCGGACCGCGGAAUAUGCUGGAGAUGAAGUCUCAGCACUUGUUCUAGAUCCCGGCUUUUCGUCAGUCCGGGCAGGUUUCGCAGGCGAAGACACGCCCAAAUCCAUAGUACCAACAUACUAUGCAGAUGCCGGCAAUGGCAGACUAUUCGGCGACCACACAAUCGACCUUCCUCGUUCGAACGUGGCUAUAAAGAAUCCUAUCUCGAGAGAUGGCAUAGUGGAAGACUGGGACGCUGCAGAAGCGCUAUGGAAAUAUUCGUUUGCGCAUAAACUCACGGGUGUACGGCCGAAUCAUGCUUUACAAAAGUGGCUCAAUGACCCGAAGGAAGUACCCGAUCUACAAAAAGCCAUGGCCGAGUCUGUUGAUACCGAACGGUGCCUGGAAGACCACCCGCUGUUUAUGACGGAGGUAUCGUGGAAUCCGCCCAAAGCUCGCGAGAAGUGCGUCGAGAUUGCACUCGAAUCAUGGGCGUCGCCGGCCUUCUAUCUUGGACGCACUGGUGUGAUGGCCGCAUUUGGUGCGGGGCGGUCAAGCGCUCUGGUUGUGGACUUCGGCGCUUCAUCAGUCUCUGUCAGCCCUGUGCAUGAUGGCAUGAUACUGAAAAAGGGCGUCGUCCGGUCUAACAUUGGCGGCAACUACCUGUCUUCGCAGGUCCGAUCGCUACUGGCCACAAGCGAGCCGCAGCCGAUCACGAUUACUCCGCACUAUCUGGUCAAGGCCAAGCAGCCAGUUGACGCUGGCCAGAACGCUAACGUCGUUCUAAAAGAGUUUCCACCAGGUUUCACCGCUCCUCAGGACUCAUUCCGGCGAUAUCAAGAAGAAAAGGUCGUGCUUGAAUUCAAGGAAAUUGCUCUCCAGACAUGGACCAAUCCGAAUGCUUCCUUCAAGAGCCAGGGCGAGAUGAUGACUAGGGAACAGCAAUACGCACUGCCAUUCGAGUUUCCAGACGGAUACAACCAAGCAUUCACGUCAGAACGAUUCCGUCUCGUCGAAUCCAUGUUUGAUCCCGCUUGCUACACGGCACCACCACCAGGCUCCGAAGAUGCCAAAGACUAUCCGGCUCCAGAUGCGCAAUCGACGAUACCUGGCCUAAUUCGGCAAGCGCUGUCCCAGGUUGACGUCGAUAUUAGGCCGUUUCUCCUGCAGAAUAUUGUGAUCACGGGUGGCUCAUCACUGAUCAAGGGCCUGCCGGAUCGCAUACAGCAGGAAGUUAGCAAGAUGUACACCGGAGCUCGUGUCCGUAUCCAUGCGCCGGGUAUGGCUGUGGAAAGAAAGUAUGGCAGCUGGAUUGGUGGCAGCAUUAUGGCGAGUCUGGGAACAUUCCAUCAGAUGUGGAUCUCGAAAAAAGAGUACGAUGAGCACGGUGCAGGAAUCGUUGAGAAGCGAUGCAAAUGA